AUGCCUAAAAAGAGGUCCAAGAGUUCGGAAAACCGGACUUUGCGUGCGCUGAUCGACGAGCAGCUGCAAACGGCAGCGGAGCGGAUCUUCCUAAUGCUGAAGGAACGGAGGGACGCGGAAACCGAGCGGCUGCAGGAGCGACUGACCGAACUCAUCACCGCCGCCGUGGAGCGCAUCCUGAUUGGCUACAGAGCCAGCAGAGCGGCCGGAGGAGAAACCGAGGUGCCUGGUGAGAGUUCAGAUACAGGUUUUAUUGAGUCCAGGUCGAGAUUAGACUGGAUUCAGAAUCGAACCGAGUUCUGGUGGAGCUCAGAUCAAGUUCUGAUAAAGUCAAAGACUCCAGAAUCAGAGUCCAGAAAGAGGUCAGACAGGGUCUAG